CUGAUGAUGACGAAAUAUGAUUAAACCUGAGUUGCGCAUUUUAUUGUUGUUAUUGAAUUUGUCAAGUAUUGAAAUUCUUUUCAUAUUAAAUGGGUUAACAAUUCUAAAGAUAAGAAAUAAUGUCUGAGAAAUUAACAUUUAAAAGGGUUGAAAUACCCUUAUCAAAAUUUAAUAAUGUCGCAAUACCACAUCACUUAGAAUUAUUGAAAAAACAUAAACAUAAUAUUAUUAUGUAUCAGAAACAACAUGAAUGGGAUCGGGUUCGAAUCGAACAAAAUAAUGCAAGUCGUUUAAUUAAACAAUUAAAACAAUUAUUAUAUGAGAUGGAUAUGUUAAGGUCACAAGUGCAAGAUUCUGAUUUAGAUAAAUUUGAUGCAAAUACGAUUAAAUCUAGACAAACUGUUCAAAAUGUUAUUACGGAUUAUUUAGCAUUGAUAUCGAAGAUAUCCGCCCUAGAAAUAAAUCGAUCCAACGCAAACGAAGACGAAAAUAAUGAAAUACAAUUAAACAUAGACCCUUUGAUAGUUGGUGAUAUUGAAUACGAAAAUGAUAUUAUUAACGAAAAAGAAGAAUGUUUAAGAUCUGCUUUACAAUUACAACGAAAUUUAGAAGAUUUACAAAGUGCUUUUGUUCAAUUACAUCAAAUAGUUCAUGAACAAGGUGAAUUAGUUGAGAAAAUUGAAGAAAAUGUUGAGGUGGCUGCUGAAAAUGUUCAUGAAGGUGCCGUACAAAUAGCUAAAGCAGCAAGUUAUAAACGAGCUAUGUAUCCAAUAACUGGCGCAGCUAUUGGUACAUGUAUUGGAGGUCCAAUUGGAUUUGUUGCCGGAUUAAAAUUAGGUGGUUUAGCUGCUAUCGGUUGUGGAAUUACUGGAUAUUUUGGUGGAAAAUUAUUAAAAGAGCAAGAUGAAAAAUGUUCAACACAAAUACCAGAUAGUACCAAUCAAAAUGAAACGAAACGUAAUAAAAUUUUAUGAUGUUCACUUAUGUAACAGAAUUUUUGAAUUCUGUUACACAACUUUUUGUAUACCACCUCAACAUGAUAUGAAAUUGAGUGAAAUUUAACACACAAGAAUUUCUCUGUAUUAGAGACUACGUUUAUUUAUAGAGAUUCAAAAAAAAAUGUUUACUGUGAUAUUUUGUAAUUAGAGAUGGCUUUAUUUGAUCGGAUUAGCAAGUUAAGUUUCACUUGAAUAUAUUUAAAUACUAAAAUACUCGAUUAUGAAUAUAAAAAAUGGAUAAUUGUGCGCUUGCUCACGCGCCAAAUAUAUUUGUAAUUUUAAUAGUUUAUUUUUAUGACUAGUUAUUGAAGCCCAUAUGUAAAAGCUAUUCGAAAUAUAUUUUGUACUACUAUAUUGUUAAACCUAGUGUCAUUAUUCUAAAAUAUUUAUUAUUCAAAAGGACUCCACAGAAUUUAAUUGCUGUAAUGUAAAAAUGUGUUUUAAUUCCAAGGAUUCAAUAUGUAUUGAAUUUAAGCCCUUCAGUCUGAUCGGCUUUCGUAUUAUUACACUUGUGAUGAGAGAAAAUCUCACGCUAUUGCUCUAGCGCCAAGAGCGAAAUUUUAAACUUUACUAAAUGUUCUAAAUAGAUAAUGCCACUUUAGUUAUCACAUUUUAUUCAUCUGUCAUCUGUCAUUGAAAACACAGUGUAAAUGCGGACAUAGCCGAAGUAUAACGAAGCCAUCCGAAAUGUUUUUUUUUUUAACCGACUUUACUGAAGUGAUGAGAAAAACUCUCACAGCUGUUAAUUUUUGCUUUACUUUAUAUUUUGAGUU